AUGUCAUCUUCGUCACUUCGAGUAUUGACUGUUGGGAACAACCCGAAUAUCUUGUUCUACACCUCAAGAUUCCAGCUGGCCAAGAAUAUUGAGCUUUAUCACGUUAACGAUUCGAAGUCAUGUCAAUUUGAGAUUGAAAGUGAAUGCUAUGGCAAGGACCGGUUUGAACUGGAAAAUCAUUUUACUUCUAUUGAACACUUGAGCGAGGCUUUAAGUUCUAAACCCGGUGAACCCGUUUUUGAUAUAAUCAUAAUGAGUGCUCCCUCUUUGCAGGAACUCUCCUCGUUGUCAUCCAAAUUGGCCUCUAUAAUCGAUUCGAACACCAAGAUUCUCUUGGAAAGCAGUGGGUUCAUUCAAUUGGAACCGUUUGUUAAGUUAUCAAUGGAUUCUCCGCAUAUAAGCGUCUUCAGUAUUUUAACUGACUUGGAUGUUCGUCAAAUUGGUCCAAACCAAUUCAGACAGUUUCCUGGUACUAUAAACGAAAACACAAUUUACCUGGGUGAAAGUAAGUCUAAUACUGAAAAAUACUCCGCCAGCGUUACAACACUAUUGACCACUUUUGAGAAACUAUUCGCUAAACUGUUUUCCAACAUAAAAAUCGAUUUGUGUAACUUUUCUUCGAUUGAAUUCCUAUCACAACAAUGGAAACUGGCCAUAUCCCGGAUUUGUUUCGAUCCGUUGUUAAUCAUGUUUGAACAGGAAAACCCGAGUGACUUAGACCAGCAGAUCAUUGCUAAGCCUUUAAUCUCCGGGUUGGUCACUGAAAUCAUUACCGUGGCUAAGACUAUGGGUGCUAGGUUAAAUAGUAAUUAUGAUAAUGAAAACGGCCUUUUAUCUUUGUGGAAGAAUUCAUAUCAAUCAACAAAUAAUCCGCCUGCAUUGGUUUACCAUUUCAUUCAUCAAACAACGCCAUUGAAUAUCGAUAUCCUGCUGUUACAAACUAUCCUAUUGGCUGAUGAUUUUGGUAUCAAGACUCCGUACUUAGAAUUCUUAUAUUCCGUCUUGUCCCAAUUUGAAAGAUUAAAUAACGGUGUCUCUAAGUUGUUUAUCAGAUCAAAUGAAAAAACACAAAUUCUGCAAAGUUUGCAAAAAUCGCAAAAGCAUGAAACUGCUUUACAGAAUCAGAUCUCCAUUUUAGAAGGCCAAAUUGAUAAAUUAAGACAAGAAUUAGUCAUACAAGCCAAACAACAUGAACUGGAAACCAACGAUGCAAAAGAGAAGUACCAAGUUGCUUUUAAAACUCAAGCCGAAGCUCCAGCAUCAACUGAAGUGGUUACUCCAACCGAAGCGACAAACCAACCAAAUAUUAACGAAUAUAAGGCAACAGGAACUCCGAAUUUGAGAGAUAUCGAAGAUAUGGCAUUAUAUAGUGUCAACUAUGGCGACUCUCCGUUGAAAUCCCCACCAACUGCUGUGAGCUUGCAACCACAGAUCAAUUCGCCACUAUCUUUUCACUCACAGACCUUUGAGGAGGACAAUGGCUCCAAUGACAAAUUGCUGCAAGAGCGUGAGCUGCAACUCCGUAAAAAAGAAUUGGAGCUACAAGAACGUGAAUUGGAGUACCAGAAAAGGGCAUUGCAACAACAAAGGUUCAAUAACAGUAGCAGCAAUUCUAUUCCAAGAAAGCCUUCCUUCCCUCAAUUACAACAAUCCGCAAAUAUCCGCUCCAGUAGUAGAGGGAUGCACGGCACUAAUGGGUCUAUACCCCAACCUGCAUCCGCCGGGCACUUUGUAGACCCAAUAUCAGCAGCAGGUAUGGCUACACAUGAUGCCCAACAACCUUCUGCCAUACCUUUGCAACAGCAAGUGCAACCAGUGCAAGUACAACCUUACCACUCACACUCUAUCAAACCCACAAGUAGGAAGAAUAGAAAUAGUAAUAUGCCCAAUAUUGGUAAUCCUUCCAGUAUAAACAUGAGCGAUUUUGGCAGACCACCAAACAGUUCAAGUCAAACUCGUUUGAGUUCAAUGCCCAACCAUAGUAUUGUAAACCAAAAUAGAUUGAGAUCACAACAAUCCAAAAACAAACUUAAUACGCCACACGCCGCCAAACCAAACAAUACCUACAACCAACCCCCUGCUCCCAAUAACCACGUUCCCGCACAAAGGCAGUUUAGCUCGAGUACCAUGAUAGAAAUCACAAAUAAUACUAACAAGGUUAAUAAUAGCAAUAGCAACCCAGAUAUUUCUACCAACUCAGUGGUUCACAAUGCAAUGCAAUUUACAGGCCCAAACAACAACUCAAGCAGUACUAUGGAUAUAAAUGAUCCUAGAAACUUCGUAGCUCCUCCCACGGGCUCUGUCUCAGCCCCGAGUACUCCAACUUUAUCUUCAUCAAGCCUAAUGGCAGAUGUGGCUUCGCCUGGUACAGAUAUUGCUGAUGAUGAGGAAAAGUCUCACGGUAAGAAGAAAAGGUUUGGCUUAUUCAAAAAGAAAAAUAAAUCAAAAAGAUAA